UUCGAAAACAUAAAUAAAACAUAAAAUACAUAAUAAUUGAUAAGUUCUCGAUUCGCGAAUCGGUUCGGUGCGGAGAACGCGUUCGUUGCCCAAGUCGUUUGUUUAGCUUAGCGGUUCAUUGAGGGCGCGCUGUUACGACACAAUUGUGUGUGUUUGUGUGUGUGUUUUCGCACUCCCAUUUCGAAAUAUUCCAAGCGAAUAGUACAUAUAAUAGGCCAGAAGCGUUCUAGGCCAGAACUCCCCGAGCAGCCAGUGUCCAGCCAGCUAGCGAGCCAGCGAGCCACCAACAAACAUGUUUAAGUGGGUUACGCCGGCCACAGCGGCGACAUUGUCCCGCACAAGAACAGCAACAACGGCAGCGACAACCAGAACAGCGUCAGCGUCAAGCACAACUGCAAGAACAACAAAACCACAACUACUUUCCAUCGCUUUAACAAGUUUAAUAAUAAUAGCCGCAUCAUUUGUGCCGACAACAAGUGGAUUUAGAUCAAUUGAAACGAACGGCGCUGGACGAAAGCUGUUUGGUGGCUACCGCAUCACACCCAAGCACUGCCGUGCCACCAAGACGCUGCCCAGCUCCGAUCCCCGAUCGAAUGGCCCCACCAUCUGCAUGUUCAAUCACGAGUGCGCCCAGCGGGGCGGCGAGGUGGUGGGUGCCUGCAUGGACGGCUUCCUGUUUGGCGCUUGCUGCCAGAUUCCAGCCACACACGAGCUGGCCAGCACGCUGAUCAAUGAGGCGCAGAACGCCUACUUCCAGCAGCACCAACACCAGCAGCAGCAGCAGCACCAGCACCAGAAGCUGCAACAGGCGGCAGAGUCCUCCUAUGAGCAGCACCAGCAGUCGCUGAACAGCGCAGAGCAAACGGCAACGCAGCCCUCUCAGAAUAUCUACGAUGAACAGAACCUCAACAAGGUCUAUCAGCAGUUGGGCAGCAGCAGCAGCAGCAGUCCGAGCAGCACCAGCCCCAGCAGCCCACCCAGCAACAGCUACAGCGUGGAGCUGCAGCAGGACCCAGAGCCAGAGCCAGAGCCGGAGCAUCCCCAGAACGAGCUUGUCUAUGGCAGCAGCACCUCCACAGAGGGAUCCACACUGUCGCAAUCCUCGUCCUCUAGCAUAGAGUUUGAGCAGGAGCCAACUGUUCAACAGUCGCCAGCUAACGAUGAGAUCAUCUCGAACGCUAACAAUGCCCAGAAGGUGCACCAGCAACAGCAGCAACAGGAAGAGCAACAGCAGCCCAUUCUGCCGCCCAAUGUUCAUGUGCACAAGCACUCGGUGACCAUCAACUCGCCCUCGUCGCCGCCCCAAAACGAUGAUUUUGUGAUGCAGGUGCUCAGCACAUUGCCCCCCGAGCAUGCCGACGAUCAUCGCAUCUUCUUCACGACGGAGGUGCCCAUGAAGAUUGCCAGCGGCCUGCAGGAGCAGACCAGCUCGGAGUCCAACUCCUUCGAGGAGACCCCAUCCACGCCGCCAGCCGUAAAGAAGCCCACAGAGAAGCCAAAGGCCAAGCCCAAGCCGAAACCUGUGCCGCAAUUGGCGGAGACGAUGAAGCGACCCAUACAACAGCAGCAACAGCAGACAGCGAAACCUCAAUCGAAGCCUAAGCCGAAGCCUGCGAAUGCGCACCACCACAAUCAUUUGAUCCUGGAUGGCGGAGAGUUCACCCACAGCGACAUUACCCAUCCGGGUGCCGAUGCCGAUCUCGUCGAGGAUCUGCAAUUCUCCACCGGCUACGGACCACAGCCUGUAUACGCAGACCCGCCACAGCAGCAGCAGCAACAUCAGCAGCAACAGCAGCAACAUCAACAGCAGCAACAUCAGCAGCAACAGCAACAGUCGGAGGAGCAGAGUUACAUCUCCAAGCGACCAGCGGCAGCAGGUCAGACUCAAAGUCAGGGCACCACCGUUUCCUCGAUCACCACACACGUGGACUCCAUAGAGUCGAUCAUCCUGCAGCUGAACAACACCAGCCACGGACCCAGCUACAAUGUGGUCAGCCAGCAGACGCCCUCGUAUGGCGACUAUCCAGGCCAGGCCCAGAACGAGGCUACAGCCGAGGCAAUCACCGCACAGCCGCCGCCAGCCAGCUACUACCAGGAGAGCGAAGCCAGUGAGGCGGAGAAGGGUCAGGACUACGGCUACACGAGCACAGUCAGCUACGAUGCCACCUACGACAAGGUGUCCGAUGAGCAGGAUGCCUCCGCUGCUGCCAGCCAGUCUGCCGAGUCGCCCACAGCGAGUCCCGCCUACGGGGAGGACACCUCGGCGGUGUUUGAGGAUCACACGAUGCCCGCCAAUGGCUACCACGAUGCCAUGGCUGAUGGGGCGCACCAGACUUCAGAGUUCAACAAGAUGCCCGUGCCGGUUGUGGGCAUUGCCUAUCCCGUGGACAUGUCCUACCUGGAGGAGGAGGAGAACGAUGCUCCAGCUGGCUACGGACAGCAGAGCAGCGGCUCCUACGAGGCCAACACCGAGUCCAACUACCAGAAGCUCUCCACCGCAGAGACGGAGCAGCCACAGCCGCAGCCUCAGCCCGUGCCCACCUACGUGCGCCCCACGACAAAUGCCAACAAGCCGAACCGUCCCGUUGCCUCGUACAUUGGCAUGGUGACCAUGCAGCACUACAACCAACAGCAGCAGCAGGCAUCGCUGGGCGAUCAAUACCAAUCCCAAUCCCAAUUGCAGCCCCAGGUGCCCGCCGAGGUGUCUGUGUCCUCGCACACCACCAAGGUGCAGGAGCAGUAUGACGAGACCUCGCACGGCCAUCAGCCGCAAACGACGACACCUGUGGCACAGCGACCGCAGUACGAUGAGGUCCUGGAAGAUGCCUCCUCGGAGCGACCCGUGCUGAUCACGGCCAGUCCCAGACCUCGCCCCAAGCCAAGCACAAAGCGACCGGGCGUGAAGCGACCCAUCAGCCAGGAGAGUACCAAAAAGAAGCCACUGCCACAGGGCAGCUACGAUGCCGAGGAGUCACCCAUUACGCACAUUCAGAUCAAGAAGCCAUCCUCCAGCUACAACAAGGAGCAGGAGACGGAACAGUCUGGCUACCCGAGGCCAGCAGUCGCAGGAAGCAGCUCCUCGGCACGUCCUGGCAACAAUUAUGAUCAGCCAGAUCCACCCUCGGCUCCGGCCUCCAGCUCCAGCUACGAUCAGCCCGAGACGUCCAGCUACGGCCAGAUCCAACCAGAGGCUCCACUCACACAAUUCGAUCAGCCACAGCCGCAGCCAGCCCUGAGCUACAAUGAGCAGUCGGUGGCCAGUUCGCCGGGUCGCCAGCCCUCCACAUCGAAGCCCGUGGCCACGAGCUAUGUGACGGGGCCCAGCACGCCCCGUCCGCCCGCCACCGUCGACUACCACUACGACAAUGUGCCGCCGCUGUUCAUGGCCGACGACAAGUUGGACGCAUUCAUCCAGAGCACAGCCGAGAACAUUGUGGGCUCCACGCCUGGCAACUAUCAGCCCCCGCUGGUGGCCACCGCAUCGACGCCCGCCUACGCACAUCGCCCCACCAGCAGCAGCGGAGCAGGCAGCUACGGAGGCCACAAGAAGCCCACUUUCGUGCAGAUCAAUGGCACACCGAGACCGCCACGUCCCACGGUGCUGAUCACGCCCAAGCCCUCGGGCUCUACCUCCUUCGUGUACAAUCAGAUAGUGACCCGACGACCGGCAGGUGCUCCGGUUAGCUCCAAUGACUUCGAGGAUCCCGGCUACUUUGGCGGCAGCCCCGCGCACGUGUCCUUCACGCAGUCCACAGCGUCGGAGUCUCCCUACCCCGCACCCUCCGACGACAAGCCCGCCUUCCCGGGCUACUUUGGGCCCACGCCUUCGUAUCCUGCCUUCUCGGUGCCCGGAGAGAAGGUGGGCCCCAGUGCGAUGGAGGAGACGUACACCUCGCCGAACGACUUUGUCAACUUCCCGCCGGUGCGCAAUCCGAAUCUGAACAUGUCCGCCGCCUCCAGCGCUGUGACCAGCGACGUGGAUCUCUCCACGCCCGCCUUUGUCGAGGAUGUGGUGCUGAAGGACAAGAUGCACACGCUGGUCCACAAGCUGGUGGCCUCGCUCCAGGGCAACUUUGAGGCUCUGGCCGACAUGAUUGAUGAGCCAACGGGCAACAGUUCGGCAGCCACCUAUCAGGCGGGAGCUGGAGCUGGAGCUGGAGCUGGCGGAGCAACCAUUGCCACCCGCAAGCCCACGCGUAAGCCCGUGCGAGUGGCAUCCACGGCCAAGCCCAAGGCGACCACCAAGAAGCCCGUGACACGAGUCUCCACCAAGGCGCCCAACAAGAAGGCCUCGGCCAGCAGCACCACCCGCAAGCCGGGCACCCGCCGCACCACUGUGGCACCACCCAAGACGACUGUCAGCACCCGGAAGCCGGCAGCCUCGAAGAAGCCCACGCGACGCGUCAGCAGCACCGUAAAGACGACCACCGUGAGCUCGGCUCGGCCCGCCGACGAUGAGAUUGUGGACGAGGAGGACGAGGAGGAUGUCAAUCCGAAUCCCAGCGACAACGAAAUCGAUCAGGGAUCGACGCUCAGCUCCUACGGCGGAGCGAAUGGCCGCAAGAUCCAGUGCGGCGUCCGACCACAUGUCAAGUCCGGCCGCAUUGUGGGCGGCAAGGGCUCCUCCUUUGGCGCCUUCCCCUGGCAGGUGCUGGUCCGCGAAUCCACCUGGCUGGGCCUGUUCACAAAGAACAAGUGCGGCGGUGUCCUGAUCAACAGUCGCUACGUCGUCACCGCUGCCCAUUGUCAGCCUGGCUUCUUGGCCUCGCUGGUGGCCGUCAUGGGUGAGUUCGAUAUCUCUGGCGACUUGGAGAGCAAACGUUCUGUGACCAAGAACGUGAAGCGCGUCAUUGUCCAUCGCCAAUACGAUCCUGCCACGUUCGAGAACGACUUGGCUCUCCUCGAGAUGGACAGUCCUGUGCAGUUUGACACCCACAUAGUUCCCAUUUGCAUGCCCAACGAUGCGGCGGACUUUACGGGACGCAUGGCAACCGUUACCGGCUGGGGGCGACUCAAGUACGGCGGCGGAGUGCCCUCCGUGCUGCAGGAAGUGCAGGUGCCGGUUAUCGAGAACAGCGUGUGCCAGGAGAUGUUCCACACCGCGGGCCACAACAAGAAGAUUCUCAACUCGUUCCUGUGCGCCGGCUACGCCAACGGCCAGAAGGACUCCUGCGAGGGUGACAGUGGCGGUCCGUUGGUGCUGCAGCGUCCCGACGGGCGCUACGAGCUGGCUGGCACCGUUUCGCACGGCAUCAAGUGCGCGGCGCCAUAUCUGCCCGGUGUGUACAUGCGUACGACCUUCUACAAGCCCUGGCUGCGCAGCAUAACAGGAGUCAAGUAAGGAGCUGCCAGGGGAGCAGCAGCUACAGCAACAUUAGGGGGCAGCAGCAUCAGCAAGUGUAAAUAGAAAGUAGAGUUUAAAGAGUUUUGUGGACAAACGCGUGACUCAGACUGUUAAGCACCCACGUCGCAUUCACCAUUCUAUCCCCCGUCUCCUUCUCUGUGCAUCUUCUAUCCUCAUUCCAUUAGUUUAGAGUUGAAACGAGAAACGACAGCGA